UCGUCUUCCGUUCACGGUGCUACCGUCCCAAUUGCCUAUCUUCGCAGCUCUUUGAUUUCGGAUUUCACCUCGUCUGGUCUCCUCGAAUCGAAAUUCCAAAAUUCAGCUCUGAGAUUCGCUGAGUUUUGCAAUUAUUGGUGAAAACUUUCGCCUCUUUGCGCACAAUUUGAUCGAAGAUCAGAUGGGUUUUGAGAAAGAAGCUAGCUCCUCGUCUUAUACCCUCAAAAUCCCGCCGGCGAGAGAAGAUACCCCGCUAAUCGGCAAGGGAAAACCGUUAUCGAGCCAGUUCAAGACUUUUGCCAACGUCUUCAUAGCCAUCGUCGGCGCUGGGGUUCUGGGUCUUCCGUACGCCUUCAAGCGAACCGGAUGGCUCAUGGGUGUGCUGAUGCUCUUCUGCGUUGCCGCUUUAACCCACUACUGUAUGAUGCUUUUGAUUAACACCCGCCGGAAGCUUGAAGCUUUGAAUGGCGGUUUCUCUAAGAUCGUCUCUUUUGGGGAUCUUGGAUUCACCGUCUGUGGCUCCGUUGGCAGGUUUGUCGUUGACAUUCUUAUAACUUUGUCUCAGGCUGGGUUUUGCAUUGGAUAUCUGAUCUUCAUCGGCAAUACUUUAGCUAAUCUCUUCAAUCCCGAUUCACCCACGAGCCUGAGGCACCAGAUUUCAAGCUUAAGUUCUGGAUUCUUGGGCAUGUCCCCGAAGAGUCUCUACAUAUGGGGAUGUUUUCCAUUUCAGUUGGGCUUGAAUUCGAUUAAGACGCUGACGCACUUGGCUCCUCUUAGCAUAUUCGCUGAUGUCGUUGAUCUUGGAGCGAUGGCUGUGGUGAUUGUGGAGGAUGUAAUGAUUUCGCUGAAGCAAAGACCUGAGGUUGUUGCAUUUGGUGGAAUGUCUGUGUUCUUCUAUGGGAUGGGCGUGGCUGUUUAUGCAUUCGAGGGGAUCGGGAUGGUUUUGCCACUUGAAUCCGAGAUGAAGGAGAAGGACAAGUUUGGCAAAGUCUUGGCGCUUGGAAUGGGACUCAUCUCCCUCAUAUACGGAGCUUUUGGCGUAUUGGGUUACAUGGCUUUCGGGGGAGAUACAAUGGACAUAAUCACUGCCAACUUGGGGCCAGGACUGAUCAGCGCUCUUGUUCAGCUGGGAUUGUGUGUAAACCUGUUCUUCACCUUCCCACUGAUGAUGAACCCUGUGUUUGAGAUUGUUGAGAGACGCUUCUGGGGUGGAAUGUACUGUGUGUGGCUGAGAUGGGUGCUCGUCUUAGUAGUGACACUAGCUGCUCUCUUUGUGCCAAACUUUGCAGAUUUCUUGUCGUUGGUGGGAAGCAGCGUAUGCUGUGCAUUAGGGUUUGUGCUGCCUGCGUUGUUUCAUUUGAUGGUGUUCAAGGAAGAACUUGGGUGGAAGCAAUGGAGUCUGGAUACGGGGAUUGUGGUGCUGGGUGUGGUUCUUGCCGUGUCAGGAACUUGGAGUUCUCUGAGUGAGAUCUUCUCCGUGAAAGUCUAAAAUGUCCUGAAUGAGAGGCAUGUCGAGUUUUUUGUGCGUGUUUUGAGUCUCAGCACCAAGUGUGAUCUGUGCCCUUUUAUGGGGAGUCUGCUUUUUGUUUAGAAUAUGUCUGUAUCUGUUGCUAUUGUUUGUUGUUGUAAUAAAGGUUCCCAGGUGAAUCCUUGGACGUUUAUGUUAAACGUUUGCACGCUUGUACCGACAAGUAAAGUAUGUAACCAGACUUGGGUUUUACGAUAACUUAUUUCACAAGUCGGACA